UUGAGUGUGUUUGACGCAACGGACAGCAGCGCGAGGGAGAGGGGGGAAUAGAACGAGGGAGGUUGGGUUGACAGUGUGACAGACUCACGCGGGGACUCACCGGAUUAACCGUUGGCCGGCUCGUUGUUUAGUCGGUUACCGAGUGCUGAAACUCAACGACCGGAGCGGUACAACACCACCACCACCAUCCCCAGCCCCCCGCAAGCUCACCGCCCAGGAGCCCCCGCACAUUCCCCGCAGGUUUAUUAAAGGGAACAGAUAGGACGGCUGGCAGGCGCUCGCUUCACAUUCCUCUGUGAUAACGAGAACACCACAUUGCAUUGACAACACAGCGGGGCAAACCUCGCAGGGAAUCUUAAUCUUGACCUCCUCACCCCCUGAAACUACCUCAAAAAGACCCCCAGCUGGUCUAGAAUCAACCAAACCUACAACCUACACUACAAACCUCACCUAACUUCACUCAGGAGGAGAUGGAGAACUGACCGGAGCGCAGCAGGCAACAGAAGGCAGUUACUCCCGUCCGCGUCUACCAGCAGCCAUGGCGGGACUCAAACGUCAUCAUGAUGGGAAGAUCGCGGGGCUGUAUGACCUGGACAAGACGCUGGGACGUGGACACUUUGCUGUGGUCAAAUUGGCCCGACAUGUUUUCACUGGGGAAAAGGUCGCAGUGAAGGUGAUAGAUAAGACUAAGCUGGACCCGGUGGCGAGGGGGCACCUUUUCCAGGAGGUGCGAUGCAUGAAAAUGGUGCAGCACCCCAACGUGGUGCGCCUCUACGAGGUCAUCGACACGGCCACCAAGCUCUACCUCAUCCUGGAGCUGGGAGACGGAGGAGACAUGUACGACUGCAUCAUGAAGCAUGACGGAGGCCUCACUGAAGAGGUGGCCAAGUGUUACUUCGCUCAAAUCGUCCACGCCAUCUCCUACUGUCACCGGCUACACGUGGUCCACAGGGACCUGAAGCCAGAGAACGUGGUGUUCUUCGAGAAGCAGGGCGUCGUCAAGCUCACAGACUUCGGCUUCAGCAACCGGUUUCAGCCUGGGAAAAAACUCAACACCUCCUGCGGCUCGCUGGCCUACUCUGCUCCUGAAAUACUGCUGGGGGAUGAGUACGACGCUCCCGCUGUGGAUAUCUGGAGCCUGGGGGUUAUCCUCUUCAUGCUGGUCUGUGGUCAGCCCCCCUUCCAGGAGGCUAACGACAGUGAGACGCUCACUAUGAUCAUGGACUGUAAAUACACGGUGCCUCCACACAUCUCCCAUGCAUGCAGAGAUCUAAUAGCCCAUAUGCUCCAGAGGGACCCCAAGAAACGAGCGACCUUAGAUGAGAUCCAGGCCCACCAAUGGCUUCAAGGCGUCGACCCCUCCCCGGCCACCAAGCUGUCCACCCCUCUGGUGUCCCAUCGCAGCCUGUCGGAGGAGGAGCACGGCUCCAUCAUCCAGCGCAUGGUGCUGGGAGGCAUCGCGGACCGAGACACUAUAACUGAGGCUUUGGAGUCGAAUCAGUACAACCACAUCACAGCUACAUACUUCCUGCUGGCUGAGAGGAUGCUGAGGGAGAGGCAAGAAAAAGAGCAGCACAGCCAGACACGAUCACCAAGCCCCAGCAAGGCCCAGUUCAGGCAGUCCUGGCCCACCAGAGUGGAUGUUCACCAGGAUGUCAGUGAUGGCUUGGGUGGUCCGGGUAUCUCCCACCCUGGGGGGCCACAGUCUCCUGCCCGCAGUGCUGAGAGCCUCCACAAAGGCCCUAGGCCCAAAACAGCUCUGCUGGACCUCAGCCAGCGUCAGGAGAACCACAGCCUAACAUCCAGCCAGCAGCAACCUCCGCGACAGAACCCGGAGAGGGGGCUCAGGCCUCUGGUAAAGCCCCACUCCAACCCCCUCAGGCUGGGCUCUUUGACCUCAGUGGGCCCUUGCAAACCUCGUAGUCCCAGUCUUUUUAGUGUGGAGGAGGAUGAGGAAGAAGAGGGGGAGGAAGACAAACGCUUAUCUCCUUCUGCCCUACCUACUCAGGUGGUGCUUCGUUGCAAAACCUCUUCAUCAUCUAUGUCUUCUGGUAAUCGCCUGACGUCCCGUAUGAGUGCUCCGGUUCUCAACCAGAUCCACGAGGCGGACACAGAGGACGAGGAAGAGGAGGAGAGGAGGGAGCUGCAUGGACUCGGCCCGCCCAAACCUAGCCUCAGCCUCAAUCUGAACUCUAGAAUACCAUCACCUUCAUCGCUUAUGUCAUCGCCUAAAACUGUUGGUGUAACAGCACCAGUUGCCGCUUUCACCCCGAGCUCAGAGACGAGUGACGAUGAGACGGAAAGUCACCAUAAACCAGAUCUAGCGAGCGUAGGUGGACGAGGGGAUGAGAGAAAAGCUAGGAAAGAGGAUAGAGAGAAAAGCGGGUCAGGCCAGGCCAGUCCAUCCAACUGUGCCAGUCCUGGAUCAGGUUCAGGCCAAGGAAAGGGAACAGCCAAAGCUGCCAGCGGCCUGGUGGAGAGCUUAAAGCUCAUGAGCCUGUGCCUGAGCUCUCAGUUUCACAACCUAACGGGGGGAGGAGGAGGAGGAGGUGGCGGUGGCAGCGCCGGCAUCGUUGGCGGGGACGCCCAGGACCGCCCCAUGUGGAGGAUGUGCAUGGGCGGCUCCACUGGUAGUCUGGAUAAAGUCUCACUCCUGGGCGGUCCUUCACCCCGAGGGAACAUGUACCACCACCAGCCCCCGCUGGGUGACGCGUUAGCGGACCCGCUGCUUGAGGGCACCUGCACAGGCACGCUGAGGCUGGGAGAGCUGGACCUAGCCAGGGAGAACCACAGGAACAUGAAGAACCGUGUGCUGCAGAUGCCUCUGAGCGACAAGACUCUGUCUGUCAACAUCCACCGGAGCCCCAAGGAGGGUCUGCUCUGUACCCCGACCCCACACAGCUGCUGCCAGGUCAUUUAGAGCUGCACACUCCUCCACUCUCAUCUCUACAUCAUCUCACUUUUGUUUCAGUCUCACAUUUUUUAUUAUUUAACACGUAACGGUGGAUUACUGGGAGAAAGUCCAGAUGCCAACCUUGCACAUUUAGAGACGCAAAAAGUCUCCGUGGAGGAGGCUGGGUGCCAUGCCAAGUAUGUGAAGCACUUUCAGCAGAUUAAACGGGACACUAAAGGGACAUUUUAACCCGCUGGUGUGUUUUUAAAGUAAGAGACAUUAAGUAUGGAAACAGAUACAGGAGGUGCUCACAUCCUUGCACACUUUACACUGUAUGUACACAUUUUACACACACACCUAUAUCACUCUGACAGGCUGAUAAGCUGGUGAGUUUUAGUGUCAUGUUACAUCAUAUUUUGUUGUGUUUUGUUUUAAGUAUGAUUUUUUAAAUUAUGUUUUUUGAGACAAUCAUUUUAUUUUUUAUUUUUUAUUCUGACUGAAAGUGGAAGUUGUGACAGUGUUUUCCUUCGAGUGAGGACAAAUGAACAGGGUGAAAAAUGCAGCACUUAUAUAUGACGGUGGCACGCACACAGUAUUUUGUAGUCUAUCACUAUUUUAUUUUUCUAUCUCGAACAUGCUCUGCAGACUCGCACACUCACUCGUCAAGCCUCUGCGCGGUUACACAGCAGAGUUUGUGUACAUAUGUGAAUAACCUCCUGUAGUAUUGACGGUAAAGUUGUAUCGCAGUAGAAACCUGAGUACUAGAUCCUUACACACUAUUAUUCAUCACUCCCUACGGGAUAUUCAAGGUUUUUGGUUGAACCCAGAGCCAGAAAUGUUUUGACGGCUGAUUUAAAAAAUCUCCCCUGAAAUACUAAACUAGAGGAAAUGAUCACACGUGUAACGGCAGCUCUUUAAAAUUCAAAAGUGAACGACCCGCUGGGUGGAACCUAAACCGUGUACAUCUCGUAGCUUUCCAGGAUCACAGUAGCCACUGUUGUAGCGUAUUCCAAGACAAAAAACAACAAAACGGGGGUUUAAAUAGAACAUAACAACGCCGCCCCGCUCAAAUAUCGGUCUGUGUAACUGGAUGUGUGACCCACCCCUAAGUGGAAUAUAUAACUUGACAGUGCAUGUGUUUUGCUGUAGCAACCUUAUUCUUACCCACUGAGGUCAAUCCACCUGCUGUAUCUACCGAAGUAAAAGAUUCAAACGGUCACUUUACUGUAGCCUCACAGCAAUACCAGCGACUGCAAAAUGUACAACAAAAAUGGAUGUGCCAUAAAAUCUGUCUUGAGCAUAUUGUACUGUAUGUAUAUGAUAGAGAUCUAUUAAAACGAUGUGAAUGAUG